CAGACUAAACGGGUCAGCAGAGGAAAAAACCUGCCCCCGAAUUCAAACAGAGAUCUGCUGAGUUUUGGAGAGAAGAGACCCUGUUGGAUUUACAAACCGAGAUCCAGCUUUUAUUUUCAUUUAUUGAAAGGACUUUCUUUUUUUGCAACAAGUCAGACCUGCACAUAACUUUAAACAAGUGUUGCACUGGAUUUGAUCCCUUUUUAGAUUUGUAUGCGUGUGCGUAAUUUCGAGGACAGUUUUGUGGAAGUUCAAAUACUUGGUGUUUGUAGCUUGUAGUGGAAAAUCUCUUAAAGGAUUUAUUUUGCUUCCUCGUAGAGACGUUUAUUAUCAAUUUGUGUUUCCACUUGUCGGAUUUCACAGUUGUAUGAUGAGGUUUUUACACGUUUCCAUUGGGUUAUUCGCCGCUAUGUGCGUCGGCGCGGUGCACGGCUCCUGGGAGGAGAGCACCGUGGUGCCGGUCAGACUAGACCCGAUGGCCCGGUCGGAGAGCGAAACCGAACCGUGGCGGACUCUCUCCGCGGAGGAGAAGGAGAAGGAGGCGGAGAUGAGGGAGUACAGGUUGGACGUGUUCGGCAAGGAGCUGGUCUUGCAGCUAGAGCCCGACCAGACCUUCUUGGCGCCCAGUUUUGUUUUCCACGUUGUGGGGAGUCCUGAGUCCGAACCGACACGGGAACCCAAGAGCGGAGCUGAGCCGGGUUGUUUCUUCUCCGGCACGGUGAACGGAGAGGAACACUCUGCCGCGGCGCUCAACCUGUGCCACGGACUCCGGGGAGGAUUCUACUUUCAAGGGGAAGAGUAUUUUAUUCAGCCCCUUAACUCGAGUGGCUUCGUGGGCACCGAGGAGGAUGUCCACGCGAUUCGCCGGAGAGGUCGGGCAGCUUUGGCUGAGGAGGGUAGCUCCAAGUGCGGGGUCAACGAGGACGAGGACAGGGUGCCAAAGAAUCUGGAGAAAGAAGACAAGCCCGGAGCCGCUAACGCAGGCCAGACAGACCACCACAGAACCAGACGUUUCGUUUCCACCCCUCGCUACAUGGAGAUCAUGCUCGUGGCCGACCAGUCCAUGGCUGAGUUCCACGGCGCCGGGCUCAAGCCCUACCUCCUGACCAUCAUGGCGGUGGCUUCCCGUCUCUACCGCCACCCCAGCAUCCACAACUCCAUCAGCCUGGCGGUGGUGAAGCUGCUGGUGGUGUACGAGGAGGAGCGAGGCCCUCAGGUGUCAACAAACGCCGCCAUGACCCUCCGCAACUUCUGCCAGUGGCAGCGGCAGCACAACCCACCCAGUGACCGCCACCCUGAGCAUUAUGACACCGCUGUGCUCUUCACCAGGACGGACCUGUGUGGUGCCCACUCUUGCGACACUCUGGGCAUGGCAGAUGUUGGCACCGUGUGCGACCCUGACAGAAGCUGCUCAAUCAUUGAGGACGAUGGGCUGCAAGCGGCAUUCACUGUGGCACAUGAACUGGGCCACGUCUUCAACAUGCCCCACGACGAUGCCCAGAUGUGCUCCGGGGUCAACGGUGCCCAUUGGGGCUCCCACAUGAUGGCCUCCACCCUGUCCAACCUGGACCAGCAGGAGCCAUGGUCCCCGUGCUCCGCCCUCAUGAUCACCACCUUCCUGGACAACGGCCAUGGUCAGUGCCUGCUGGAUAAACCGGUCAAACCUCAGCCGCUCCCCCUGCCCCUGCCCGGGACGGUGUAUGACGCAGACCACCAGUGUCGGCUUACCUUUGGCGACGACUCCCAGCACUGCCCCGACCUGAGCACCACGUGCGCAGCUCUGUGGUGCACCGUGACGACGUCCAAUGGUUUGCUGGUGUGCCAGACUAAGAACUUCCCCUGGGCUGAUGGGACGGCGUGCGGGCAUGACAGCUACUGCCUGGCCGGCCAGUGUCUCACUAAGAGCCAAGCCGCCAAACACCAGACUGCUGUCAAUGGUGGUUGGGGGUUGUGGGGUCCCUGGGGCGACUGCUCUCGGACGUGCGGUGGAGGGGUGCAGUAUUCCUUCCGUUCCUGUGACAACCCUUUGCCCAAGAACGGGGGCAAGUACUGCGAGGGCAAGAGGAUCCAGUACCGCUCCUGCAACACGGACGCCUGCCCCGACACCAACGGCCUGUCCUUCCGCGAGGAACAGUGCCUGGCCCACAACGACAUGUCAGCCCAAGUGUCGCUGGGUUCGGGCGAGGGUGUCGAGUGGGUGCCCAAGUAUGCCGGAGUUUCACCCAAAGACCGCUGCAAGCUGGUGUGCCGGGCCAAGGGGACUGGAUACUUCUUUGUCCUCAAAUCGAAGGUGGCUGAUGGUACACCCUGCAGCCCAGACUCCACCUCGGUCUGUGUCCAAGGCCAGUGUGUCAAGGCGGGAUGUGAUCGCGUCAUCGGCUCCAACCGGCGCUUUGACAAGUGCGCUGUGUGUGGAGGAGACGGCUCGACCUGCAAGAAAGUGUCCGGCUAUCUGGAGCGUUCCAGGCCUGGUUACCAGGAUGUUGUCACCAUCCCUGCCGGCGCCACACACCUGGACGUCAAGCAGCGUGCCCCAGGCAACGGCCGUCAUGAUAACAGCUACUUGGCAGUGCGUCGCCAGGAUGGCACCCAUCUGUUAAAUGGCGACUACAAGCUGAUGACCAUGGAGACCGACAUCGCCGUGGAAGGGGCACUGUUGCGGUACAGCGGCUCCUCCGCCACACUGGAGCGCAUCCGCAGCUUUGCGCCGCUCCCCGAGCCCCUCACCAUCCAGGUGCUGUCCGUGGGGGAAGCCCCGAGGCCCCGGGUGAAGUUCAGCUAUUUUUCCCCGAGACCCAACAAUGCCGCUUCAGCCUCCAACAGCAAUGGAGGCCGCCGCCAUUCCAUCAACGCCAUCAGGGAGGUGGUGGAGCCCGAGUGGACCCUGGGGAGUUGGGGUCCGUGCUCCCAGACCUGUGACGGAGGCGUGCAGCAGAGAGAGGUGGUGUGUCUCGAUCCCCAGGGCCGUCCCUCCAGAGACUGCCCGGAGGAGCUGCGCCCCUCGGCCUCUCGGUCCUGCGCCACCCAGUCCUGUCCCUCCUGGCUUCUCGGAGAGUGGUCGGUGUGCUCCAAGACCUGCGGCCGGGGCUUCCGCAAGCGCCAACUGCGCUGCAUCGGCCACGACGGGCGCACGCUAACCCAUGACAGCUGUGACCCCAAAGACCGGCCGCGACCCCUGCUGGAACUGUGCAAUCAGAGAGCCUGUUAAGGAGUGGUCCCGCAAUCGAAAACCUCCUUUCACACACCCGGCUUUCAGAAAAACACCAGAUAACAACUCUGACCUUCACUAAAGAGGCAGAUGAAUGUUUACAUCCAGAGCACAAGCGGCUUUCGUGGGUUCCACGUAGUCCGACGGUCCCACGAUGGGUCCACAACGACUGCAGGCAGCAAAGGCCAAUUUGUACCCAUUCCCUCCAUCCAUUUUGGGGCCAGACGUUGCUCCACAGUGGCACUGCCUCCUGGUCGAAGCAAUAAAGACUGAUUACAGCUCGCUGCCGGUCUGGCCCCCAGAGCAACAUUAUGCACAUUAUGCCUCCCAUUAGGGGAAAGAGAGAAAGCAUGGACAUUCCUGAUUUCCUAAAGGAGCAUGCUGCUUACCGUGCCAAUGUCACGCUUAUGUGUGUGUGUGUGUGUGUGUGCCUGAGUGAGUGUGAGACUGCGUGCAAGCGCGUGUGUGUGUCAACUUUUUAAUGCAUGUAUGUGAUGUUUGUCCAAGCUGGGCUGGACGGACACAUAAAGUGGUUUGGGGGUCGGGGAUGUUAUUGCAGAGUAUAUAAAGAAACAAAAUGAAAGAGAUUAGCUCAUAUUCUACUUACUAGCCCCAUCAGGUAUGGAAAAUAAGAUAGCUAAUAGUCAUAGUGUUUAUGUUUAAGCCAGUUUAUUUAUAACAAACCUGUAGCACUCUUUGUUUUUUGCCAGCGGCACAUUGUAACACCCGGUUGUCUCUAAAGGCCUCAGUAUGCCGUACUUUGCCCUUUAGCCAUAUCUUGCCCUCGUCUACACAGCCUUCAAUGAGGGAACUCUUCAAAGACCAAAGAGGAGUGUCUGUGUGUGUGAGUGACUGUGUGUGUGUGUGUGUGUGUGUGUGUGUGUGUGUGUGGUGUGUGUGUGGAGACCUAAAGAGGGACUUGUCUCCUGCUACUACUUCAUAAGUAAGUCUCUCCUGCCUUCUGCGAAGGCACCUCGGUUUUUUUUUCUAUCAAGUCUUUUCCUUUUGUACAGAAUAUCCAAACAUUAUUUAUUUUUGUACAGCCUGUUAAUAUAAUCAUGUGGCUUUUUUUUUUAAUAUUAUUUUUUA